CUCACGUCAUCUCCAUGCGCCUCUCAGGGCAAGUAAACAUUUCCGCUGUGUCGCGAUCGCGAUGGACUCAAACAAGGACGAAGCGGAGCGGUGCAUUAAAAUAGCCCUAAUUGCGAUCAACAACAAGCAGCCCGACAAAGCCAGGAAGUUUCUAGAGAAGGCACACCGCUUAUUUCCGACAGAUCAGGUCAAAAACUUAUUGGAGUCGUUAGCGCAUAAUGGAAAGCCUCCAGAUGAGAAUGGCAGUCCUCUGGAGGCUGUCAGAAAGAUUAAGAGCUGUAAAGAUUAUUACCAAAUUUUGGGGGUUGAAAAGACCGCCUCUGAGGAGGAUCUUAAAAAGGCUUAUAGAAAGCUGGCUCUAAAAUUUCACCCAGAUAAAAAUCACGCACCUGGAGCCACAGAGGCAUUUAAAGCUAUUGGCAAUGCCUAUGCCGUGCUGAGUAACACUGAGAAACGAAGGCAGUAUGACCAGUAUGGAGAGGAGAGGUCAAACACAAACAGACACAGACACCAUCGUGAUUUUGAAGCCGACAUCUCACCGGAGGACCUCUUCAACAUGUUCUUUGGCGGAGGCUUCCCAUCAAGCAACGUACACGUUUACAGAAAUGGAAGAAUGCACUUUGCACACCAUAAUAGACAAGAAAGACGAGAGCAGCAGAGAGAUGGAGGUCUAGCUCUGUUUGUCCAGCUGAUGCCCAUCCUAAUCCUCAUCAUUGUUUCUGCUCUUAGCCAGAUGAUGGUCACCCAGCCUCCCUACAGCCUUAGCUACCGCCCGUCUGCUGGACAUAUUCACAAAAGGCAUACAUCGAAUCUGAAGGUGCUUUUCUAUGUGGGCGAACGUUUCAAUGAAGAAUAUGCUGGGAAUAACCUGAAGAAUGUUGAGAGAAGUGUAGAAGAAGACUACAUCUCUAACCUCAGAAACAACUGUUGGAAGGAGAAGCAGCAGAAGGAAGGCUUACUGUAUCGUGCUCGUUACUUUGGGGAUUCUGAGUUGUACCAAAGGGCACAGAGAAUGGGGACUCCCAGCUGUUCCAGACUAUCUGAGAUUCAGCUUAUAAUGGAUGGCUAAAACCAUUUGCGCACAUAUGGGUUCGUCGGUACUUGAAUCUAAUUAGAAGAAAUCGGUCAGAGCCCACUCAAAUUGGAACAUAUUUCUGCAGCAAACCAAGAGAAUCAAAAAUGCCUUACAUGCAGUGGGCAGUGACCUCAUCAGGGAACCUCAUUACAACGUGGUUGUGAUUGACUUCCUGUCGAACUGUUAGAAGCUUUGAGUUGACUGCUGACAUUUUCUCACUCCAGUGUCUUCAGGAUGGUGAGAGUCCGCUGGGCGUCACGGUCGAAACUAAGGGCAUAGUUGUCUAUUUGAACGGUAAACAAAGCUGCUAAGAUUAGCUUCCUCUGUCCCAGUCUUUAAAUCUUUUUUUUUUUUUUUUUCCUUAAACAUUUUUGAGAAACCUCAUGGCCUUCUCAUAGACAGAGGACUGAGCCACUCACAAGGAACGUGUGUAAUUUUUAUAGUUCUUAACCAAUGUAAAUAUUCAUUUUACUUUUAACAGUGCAGGGUUUAUUGAAGUUAAUAUCAUUUAGUAUGUUAUUUUGUUGAUUUGCUUGUAGCCUGUUGAUCAUAAGUAUUGAAAAUUGUUGCACAAAUAAAAGUAAACCAUAUUUAUUAAAUUAACAUGCUAAUAUUGUAUAAAAGUAUCUUUGAAUUAAAUUUGUCCGAUGGUUGUCUGG